GAGGAGGCCUUUCAGAACGGUGACGUUGCCCGUGGCUUUCUCUUUGCUGCGCAGGUCGCUCUCGCUGUAACACGUGGGUUGCCGUUCGCCAGCGUCGAGUGAUCGGUUUGUGAGGGGAUUUAAAAAAAAUCCCAACGAUUCUGUCACAAAAUGGUGAAACUAGUCAAGGCAGGUAAAAAGCAAGCAAAACCCAAAAAAGCAGCACCACCUCCACCCCCGGAGGAUUUUGAAGAGUCCACUUCUGAAGAGGAAAGUGAAGAAGAGGAAUUACCAGCACCUCCUGUUAAAAAGACUGCCACUCCAACUGCUAAAGCAACCCCACAGUCCAUCAACAAAAAGAAUGGCAAAGCUGUAAAAAAAGAGAGCAGUGAAGAUGAGGAAGAUGAUGAAGAGGACGAUGAAUCUGAAGAAGAAUCUGAAGAAGAAAAACCUGUGACCAAGAAAGCUACUAAUUUGGUUGAAGAAGAAGCUGAAGAGGAUGAUGAGGAUGAUGAGGAGGAUGAUGAUGAUGAGGAGGAAGAUGCACCCAAAGUGAAAAAAGCUGGGUUGGUAAAAGUUGAGGAGCAGGAGGAGGAGGAGGAUGAUGAUGAUGAAGAGGAGGAGGAGGAGGAUGAUGAAGAUGAUGAGGAGGAGGAAGAGGAAGCUGAGGAGGUAGCUGUGCCAGUGAAAGCAGGAAAGAGAAAAAAAGAAGAGCAGAAGCCAGUGACACCAGCUAAGAAACAGAAGACUGGCAGUUGCGCAGCCUUUUCACUUUUUGUUGGAAACCUGAACUCUGAAAGAACUUUUGAAGAAUUGAAGAAAGCACUCUGAACGACUUCUUCACUAAAAAGAAACUUACAGUUUGCAGCUGUCCGAAUUGGAUCUAGCAGGAAAUUUGGUUAUGUGGAUUUUGAGACUGAAGAACAACUGGAAAAGGCAUUGGAGUUCAAUGGCAACAAAGUGCUGGGGCAGGUAGUCAAACUCGAUAAAGCACGCAGCAAGGAAAACAGUCAAGACAGGGAUUGCAGAACAUUUGUAAAGAACCUUCCAUUCAAGAUAACUCAGGAUGAUCUCAGGGAGAUCUUUGAAGAUGCUAUUGACAUUAGGAUUCCUGCUGCUCGUGAUGGUUCAGGAACUCGUGGCAUUGCAUAUAUUGAAUUUGAAACUGAAGCUACUGCAGAAAUGGUGUUGAAACAGAAACAAGGCAUUGAUGUUGAGGGUCGGUCCAUCAUUGUUGACUACGCUGGCACUAAGAGCACAUUUAAUGCAAAAGUGGGCAAGCGCGGUUCUGAUACACUCAUGGUAAAUAAUUUGGCAUAUUCUGCCACUGAAAUGACCCUUCAGAAUAUUUUUGAAAAAAGCAUAUUAAUCAAAAUACCAGAGAAGAAUGGCAAACCAAGAGGAUUUGCAAUUGUAAAGUUUGAAUCAAUUGAGGAUGCCAAAGAAGCCCUUGAAAGUCACAACAAUACAGAAAUUGAAGGCAGAACGGUGAGAUUAGAAUUCAACCAAGGACAAAGAGGUGGUGAUGUCAGCAAGACCUUAUUUAUUCGUGGCCUUUCUGAUGACACAACUGAAGAAACAUUAAAAGAAGCCUUUGAAGGAGCUGCAAGUGCAAGAAUUGUGACAGACAGAGAUUCUGGAAAAUCAAAAGGUUUUGGCUUUGUGGACUUCACGUCAGAAGAAGAUGCAAAAUCAGCUAAGGAAAUGAUGGAAGAUGGAGAAAUCGAUGGAUGCAAAAUUACACUAGACUUCGCUCGACCCAAGAAUGAAAGCCAGCGAGGUGGUGGUGGUGGUGGUGGUGGUCGAGGUUUUGGAAGAGGUGGAAGAGGUCGAGGUGGAUUGGUGGCAGAGGUCGGGGUGGCCGAGGUGGUGGUCGGGGUGGAUUUGGAGGAUUCAGAGGUGGAAAGAUGGGUAGUCCUCAAGGAAAGAAAAUAAAAUUUGAUUAGAGGCUGAUAAGACUGUUCUACCAUGUUCAGACAGAGCCUCUGAUUGCCUCAAUCGGACAUUCCAGAGUUCUGCAUGGUGUGGUUAGCUGUGCAGUUUGGAGUGUGGUGGGAGCUCCAAGUUUCUGAAUGGACUUGCAAUUAAGAUACAAAUUGUUGGUACACCUUUGUGGAUUUUUGUCAAAUUUAUUAAGUAUUCUGUUUCACCAAUGUGUAAAUGUACUGUUCCUGAUUUUUUUUUUAGUAAAUGCAAAAUAAUGUUUUAGAAUGUUGUGCUUGGCAUACUGUCUAAUGGAUUUAAAAGAUACCUUAUUUCA